CCGAAAAAUGAACGCCACAACGAUAACAAAAAAAAAAUUAAAGACCAAAAGUGUUUCCUGGUUCCACUUUUCUGGACAGUAAGGCCUUCUCAAAUAUUAAAAUGGGACUUUUUCGUGUUAAAUUCUGAUAUCAAAUAGUGGCGAAUCGGCCAACGAAAAAUAAAAGCUCGAUGAAGCGAAGGCACAGUAUGCGGGCGCUGGUGGCGGAGUCCCGGUGGUUGCAGCUCCUGGAGCAGUCUGCGGAGGCGGUCCACUUUCCUCUAAAUGUAUUCCCGCAGGAUGAGCCAGGGUUACGUAAUAAUAACAAGAAAGCUCACCCGCAGUCACUGCGCGCCACCAAUACGGGGCACCCUCAUACCCGAGCCACUCAGAGGCUCGAGGCGCGCUCCAGGUCGGAUCCACCUGUAACCCACGCCAUGGCCAAGGAAGGCACUGCGGCUGGAGUUAUCAUGGACGUCAACACUGCUUUGCAAGAGGUGCUGAAGACCGCCCUGGUCCACGAUGGCCUAGCACGAGGAAUUCACGAAGCUGCCAAAGCCCUAGGCAAGCGCCAAGCACAUCUCUGUGUGCUUGCAUCCAAUUGUGAUAAACCUAUGUACAUCAAGUUGGUGGAAACCCUUUGCGCUGAACACCAAAUCAACCUAAUUAAGGUUGAUGACAACAAGAAACUGGGGGAAUGGGUAGGCCUUUGCAAAAUUGAUCGAAAGGGGAAACCUCGGAAAGUGAUAGGUUGCAGCUGUGUGGUGGUUAAGGACUAUGGCCAAGAAUCUCAGGCUAAAGAUGUCAUUGAAGAGUACUUCAAAUGCAAGAAAUGAACAACAUUUCUUAUUGGCUUAUUUUCUUUUUUAAGUUCCUAAAAACAGAAAAGUACAAUUAUCUCAAACUCUUGAGUUUUCGCCGGAAAUAAUAGCACUUUUUAGGUUUUCUGCCAAAUGUGAACUUUGCAUUAUUGUGUUCUUGUUUAUGAUGAAAAUGUUCAUCUUUUUGGAAAUUUACAAACUGCCUAAGCUUUAGCCUAGCAUUAUUAUGGUUUAAUUGACAAAAUUAUAUGUAUGUUGCACAGUGUGAUACAUAUAUAUAUAUAUAUUUACACACACACAUAUGCAUGAGAGAAAUGAUUACCAUAAACACAUUGUUCUCUCUCUGCUUCUUACUUUCCUCCAUAGAUUCCACCUAUGAAUUAAAUCUCCCAACACCCUCUUAGGUAGAAAUGUGUGAUUUUUCUAUUAGAUUUGUCAUUUAGCAGAAUGACUUCUACGUUCAUGUUAUAAGUGAAAUUAUUUCCUUUUUAAGACUAUUUCCUUUUUAAGAUUAUUGUUAAGCAUAUGUCUAUGCACAUUCACAUAUUUUUCACAUUAAUAUGUUUAUUUGCAUUGUACCUUUUGUAGAUUUAUUUUUAUAAUUUUUGAGUGUGUAUGUGCCCAUGGCAUGCGUGUAAAUAUGUACAUAUGAGGACAGAUGCUCUGAGAGGCCAGCCACAUCUGGAGCUGCCCAGAGCUGGAGUUAUAGACAAUUGUGAACCACCUGAUGUGGGUGCUGCUAUCCAAAUUAGGAUCCUCUGCAAAAGUAGUAAUUAUUAAGUGAGAAGCCACCUCGUUAGCCCCCAUGGUUCUCUAUAUCUUCAGACAUGAUUCAUACUGGAAAAAACAUAGGUGUGCAUUGUACUCUGACACCCUGAUUUCAUUAUCUUAAGAUAAAUACCACAAAGCAGAUGCUACAGUAUUUAUUUUACUUUUUGAGGAACCUCCAUAUGGUUUUCCAUAAUGGCUUUAAUAGCUUACAUUCCUACCAAGAAUCUCUGUUUUGUUUUUUACUUUACAACACAGGUGUUGAAUUAAAUCUCCUAACACCUUCAUCUUCACCCAAAGCCCUGAAUUCACAGAAACAUUUCAUGCAAGGAAAAGUCAUUCGAGAAAGUGAAUUUCUACCUAAUCGCCUGUAAGGUCUGGAAAGUGAUCUCUCUCUAGAAUGAGCCCCUAUUGAGUUUAUUAAAUAUACAAUAAGCAAAAGUAAGACAUUAAAUAGCCAAUAGGAGACAGAUGCAACAGAUAAUAAAGCAUCAUCAGUUCAGGUGUUCAUAAUAUCCAGCAGACAGCUAGGGUAACCCAACUGAGAAAGCAGACGAAAGGUACUAUCAAAUCCAGAACUUUUAAACAUCCAGCAGAAGUCAUCAAGAAUUCCCAUCGAGGCAACAAACCAAAGUUCCUGAUCAGUGUCUCCUUAGGAUGAGGCUUCCGUGUAAAAGAAAUAAGAGCAGACAGAAUCCUUGAGUCAGACUUAGUCAUCCUGCAGAAACCAGCUGGGGAAAGAACCCAGAAAGCAAGGCAGGAUUUAAAAAUUCAGCAGCACAGCACUUGUCCCUCUAAAGAACUAGCUUCCCGGGGCUAAAUUCUGGCUGUCUCCACACUGGGCAUUUUUAUAUUGUGGGGUAAAUACUAGUAACUCCCUUUGGUAAUGUUCCCCUUCUAGCCGUUCUCAAGGACACAGGGAUUCUUUGUGUUUCUUUCUGCUUUUUUUCUCUGGGUUACAGAGCCAGGGACCAGCCUGACUCAGCACAGGGAGUUGUAGGACCCUUAAGCCUGAAAUAGGGCAUCCAGCCCUGCCUUCAGCCUCUCAGCUUAAAGAGCACAUGAUGAGUUACCAGUUAAUGACAACGCCUGGGCCUUUCGAAGGUCAGUUGUAAAGACUGCCUUGGCUUUCUGUGCUUUAUGCAGAAAGCAUGCUUCCGAUUCCACUGACCAUCUCAUCCCCUCUCCCAACUCCUCUCAACAUGAGUUGCUACCUUGAUAGGUCUUGAUCUACUCCCAACUUUGGCUCUUAUAGAUUUAUCAUGGAGUACGGCUGCAUAAAAUACCUGAGAGAGUGGAUUCUCUUUAAAAAGAGGGCUGAAAGGGAAAAUAUGCCACAUUUGUAAAGCCCAGGCAGCACACACCUUUAAUCCCAGCAUUUGGGAGGCAGAAGUAUGUGGCUCUAAAUUUCAAGAUAAACCAAACAAGAUAACCCUGUCUCAGAAAGAGACUAGAGGUGGGGAGUGGGGUGGGGGAGAAAGAGAAAAUACACCACUAUAAAACUCCUGUGAAAAUGACAAGUCCCUGUAGGCAGAUUUUGGAACUCAAAACUUCCACAAUAAAAGGAGUCAUCUCCGCAGUUCCUCCCAGCACCAACAGGUGGCUCCCAACUGGACUCCAGUUCCAGGGUGUGUUAGGGUUCUCUGAAGACUCAGUCCACGGGCUGAACAACUCCGUAGUCUGGACAUCACAGGCUGUUCUUCAGUAGAUGCUGGGAUCCCAGAGAAGUAGGCAGGGCUCCAGGUCAGUGAAGGAGUGGACGUGCCGGCAAUGCCUGGGCAAGCAGGCAGAGGAGCUCCCUUCUCCCA